GGAGUUUACAGAUUGAUGUAUUCUAAGCAGAAGUGCACACCAAAAUUCAGCAAGGGCAAUCCCAGGCUGGAUGUGGCUCUGGGCAGCCUGGUCUGGUGGUUGGCGACCCUGCAGGGCAGGGGGGUUGAAACGAGGUGAUCAUUGUGGUCCUUUUCAACUCAGGCCGUUCUGUGAUUCUAUGAAAAGGUCAGAUGCCAAAAUAAAAGUACUUCUGCUUAUUGGAGCUUCAGUACAGUGCAGCCAACCCACUGAGUAAGUGAUUACAAGGGAAUUCUUUUUCACAGCUUGGCCGUACUCUCCUUGUUUAGGGAUUAUGUUGCUGACAUUCAAGUUCUGCUGACAUUCAGAACGCUCUCCUGUUGAUGCUAGACUUUUUGUUAUCAAGCUUAAGGCAUUAGGACGCUGCAUUCAGAAGUAUGUGACUCCUCUGCUCUCAAAGUAAACUGGUCUGUGUGUUCUGGACUUUUGAACCUUGGCUGAUGUUCCUGUUCCCCUUGUGAAGGGCUCACCUCAUUGUAUGCAGUAAAGCCCAGAGUUUGGUGGCGGAAGAAAAGUAACUCAUUGUCUUAGGAACUGACAAAAACAUGAACUCCGUUGAGUUCCAAGCAUCAACUGGAUUUAUGAAAUAAAGUGCAUUUCAAACAUACUAAUUGAUAGACUACAAAUAUGAACACUGUUUAUAUGGUUUUCAUGAGUAGUGAUUUAUCCUGCAGAUGAAGAGUAUUUUACUUACCAGUUUACAGCUGAUCUGAGAUCUUCAUUCACCUUAAUUUGUGCUUGGAGAUUAUACAAAUUCUACAACAGAAGCUUUGGCAAAUUCAUCAUUUUGGGCUAACUUCUACCUGUGAGUAAAUCAAACUUCACUUUUUUCAGAUUUCCCUAUUCCGGAUUUCUUUAGGGUGAGGGCACCCUAAAGGGGGUGACAUGAACAUCAAAUAUGAUCAAAUGUUCCUGAUAGUUCAUUAUGAAAUAAUGUUUAAUAGUUCUUCAUUUAAAACAAACUAAACCUUACACUGAAAAGCAAUUUUAGGCCAAGAUGUAUCUUUAUGGUGUUCAACUGUAUAAACGUUGUAUUUCUUAAAAAAGUUAAGGUCGAGAAAAUGCCUGGCAAAUAAACCUCCACUGCAGUAUGGCUGGUCCAAGGAGGAAGAGGUGUAUCAGAGCAGCGUUCAGUGCCUUUAGCAGCAGCAUGAAGAUGAGACGGAGGCAUACGUUCUUUCAUACCAAGGUGCAGUUCUGAUGGGAUGGUGAGGAAGAGGGUGGGCAGUAAAUGCCGUAUGUGUUUUUUGCCCCACUGCACAGAACUCUGAUUUGAACUGUUCUGCCAUUAAAACAGAGGCAACCUUUUAUUUAUUCUGUGCUUUAAAAUAUGAGAGUACAACGUCCAAGUGGAUUUCACUUUUUUCUUACCUCUUUCUGGUUGAUUUUCAAUUAUACUGCCCAGACGGUGAGAACACACCUUACUGAAGGUCAUUUUGUUUCAGUUCUUAGAUGCUUACUGCAGUUACCCAGAAGACAGCUCACACUACUCAAACUCCAGUAUGAAUGUCACUAGUGGUAAGCGUCGCAGAGGAGUUAAACUUGUAGCGGAGCAGGGCCUGCCACAGGCAGCAGCUUUGAGAGAUGCCAUCCCUUCAGAAGAUCAACAACAGUUUUUUCCUUCUCCUGGAAAGGCAGUCCUGCCAGCUAGAGAGUCCCACAGCGAUAUCUAUAUGGCACCAGAAGAUGGUUUCAGAACACCAAUGGAAACAAUUGCUGAGGAGAAAUCUGCUUUAUCAGCAUUCUUGAUGGAACUGUGUGAACCAUCUCAGAAAUCUGGAGCUAGUACAGAGGCAGUUUGGCCCCAGAGGCCUGACUACUCCUCACCCAUGGAUAUCGAGCCAUCUGAAUCUUCAGCAUUUCUGGAGAACAGUAUUACAGCUGCUUUGCUACCAGAGUGGGACAGCAGUGUGUGUGAACAAACAACAAAUGUUUCCAGUUCUACCAUGUACCACUGAACAAGAAAAAAAAGGAAAAAAAACCCUUCAUGUCACCUAAACGAGGCUCUGCUGUAUUAAUAAUGUCUAUAGUACUUUGUCUGGUCUUUAAUGCACUGUCAGAGGUAUUUAUCCUAGCUUCCUUUGGGCAGUGUUUGAGGUUGUAUAGUAGAAUUCAAGUUUCAAAAUCACAACAUCCCGUUUUUAAUUUUUCUCCUACAAGUUGGACAAAUCUGUACACAGCACCUUUGUUCCGCAGAGCUCGCAGCUGACACGAGCUGUUCCUGGCACCCGCUAUGGUAAGAGAUGGCCACAUCACUCAUUUACUCCCUAUGUUUUCCAAGAACCAGUCCAACUAAAGAUACCAUGCUCCAUUCCUUAAGCAAAGAAGUUAUAAGGGACCACCAGCUUCAAGUACAGCAGGGCCAGUCCUCCUAAACAUCUGCCGUAGAGCACAGCCAGUGCCUUCUGUUCUGCUUGUGAGGAGAGUGCAAGUUAUUCUUCUUGAUGGCACAACCAAGCAGCAUUUCAGUAAUUCCAGGCCCAGAAUGUUAUGGAACAACUCUGGGAAACAAAGCCAAAUGUUACAGUUAUUGCACAAGGCAAAUCCCUGAUGGAGGGUCAUGCUAGUUCAAUGAAGACAUUCUUUGCAGAUACUGAUUUAGGCACUCAGCACUGUCAGCAUGUACUGUAACAGUAGUUACCAGGUGCGUCCUUGCAAUCUGAAAUUAGAUCCAGAGCAGCAGAUGGUACAGACUGCAGCAUUCAUGGAAUGGCAUCAUGAGAACUGAGUUUUCUCCUUGCUCAGUUUUCAGUGGCCUCCUGUUGCUUCAUAUCUUCAUGCCACUUUUGCCUAUGCAGGACAGGUGGAUUUUGAGAUCCACAGAACUUUGAUAUGUCAAGAUAGGAGCAGGGUGCAUCUGUCCCGUGCUGUUGCCUGAAUGCUGAUGUCAUCUUGAUGUCCCAUCACCUGCAGGAUCCCACAGACCCCUGCCAACAUGGGUGAUCUCUAAUUUUAAGAUGAAAGCCCUUCAUAUUUAGGCUGUUGGUAACAGCAAUGACCAUGAGUCUAGCCUGAAUACAAACAUUUCACCAGGAGCUUUUCUAUCUCUGCAGAGCAUAUGUAUUAAGCUUGAUGUAAUGCUAAUAGUCUGUUGAAGGACUAUGUAUAUUCCUGAGGUAAACAGAUUCUGGAAAGUUUGCUAAAACUGCUCAUCUAGUCAGAAAAAAACACAAACAGCUACACUGCAAGAGCUCCUUUGUCCUCUCUCAGUUUACAAAGCCCCAUUCAGAUAUUAUGCUGUCCACCAUUCAGUCUAAUCAGUGCUAUGACCAUAAUGUCGAACAGAAAAAGUGAAACUGCAAAAAAAGUGGCAAAUUGAUCCUUUUUUUGUUCUUCCAAUAAUUUCAACAUAUCCCUUGAUAUUCAGGCCUGAAAUCAGUUGGGAGAAGCAAUUGAAACAAGCAGUAUGAAUUACCAGCACAGCCAGGCACGUAUUCAAGCAAAAAGAACUCCAGUUUUUUGGUUUUUUUUUUAAGCAUAUUUGUUAUAUGCAAAAGGAUUUUAAUAAGAGGAAUCUACAUAUCCACCCUCCCAUCGCCUUUUUUGCCUUCUCAGCAUCCUAAGUACAAGAAGCUGAGGAAGUGACAAGCAGAACUGAGGCAGCCAAAAUACCAUCCUCUCUCUUCUGACCUCAGAGAGCAAAGGGGAUGCAGGCACUCUUGGAGCACUACAUCUUCAGCACAGCAUCUGCUACUGAAGAAAUGUAUGGGUUACUAGAAAGCCAUAUUCCAAGUCAGGCAAAAUACUUCCACUCUGGUACUUGUGAACAGACUGGGAAGUGAAACAGCAAUAGCCUGGCCAGCCUUUAAAAAUUCCUUCUCUGAAUGGAGAGGAAUAGCGUGGCUUUCUGGCUUUAUGUCUUUGCUGCAUCUACUGUGAGGAUGGAUCAGUGCUGUCAAGCAGUGCUAAUUCAUUCCCUUUGUGAAAUCAUUUCUGCAAGAUAACGAAUUCACAGAAAGAAAAGUCAUGAGCACAACCUGUGUUCUCAAGCUCCUGGUUCAGGUCUCCAGCUUGUGCUGCCUCGAAGGACCAAAGAAAACCAAGAAUCUUGAAAUCUUGUUGUUUGUAUACCACAAAGUACCAGCACUGGAUGUGGUCCAUAGGGACUAUUUUGUGGAGUAGAUUGCUCCCAACUGCAAGUGAAAUAGAGGCACUCUCACUACAGCGCACUCCCAUAGUGUGUUUCUAAAAUGUUUGAUGCCUGGAAGACAUGAAUCUUAAUGUCACGAUUUCACCUUAGCAGUUCUCCUGAGUCCUACCUGGUAGGGAGUGACUGCUAACAGCUGUUGCCCAUAGAGCAUCAGCAGCUAUUUGGGGCAGGCCUGUGUAGAAGGAGGGACUCUGAGCCAUGUGUGUGGAUGAAAGGUGAUGGCUAUUUGCACUCAUUGAAGUCAGCUGGUACUACAAGCACUGACAGGACUCCACUCAGAGCCUGCUUCAGUGGUGGGAGAGCUGUAGGAGUCUUUGCAGGCCUCUUCCUGAUAGAAGGGCCUAGCUGUUGGAUGGCCUAGGCAGAUGAGCUGUCUUCAGCUGGAGCUGAACAGAGAGGCAGGUGUGAGCUGGUGCCUGGCAGCCCAGGCACGUUGAGCUGCAGCAGGAUGGCCUCGCUGGAGAGAAGGCAGCGCCCGAGGAGGCAGCGGAGGGUGGGGCGGUAUGCAGAGGGCCUGGGCGGAGCGGAAGUGUGUGGUGGAGUCCAGCACGGAGUCAGAGUCUGAAUCCAGCGUGGAGGUCUUGCAUAACCCAGUUGCUGAAGGACUCAGGAAGGCAAGAGACUCCAAGGGACUGCAAUUCUUAGAUCCUUAUGAUGGUGAUUCAGAAGACACAGCCACUCACUCUGAUUGUAGCUUGAGUUCUCUGAACAGUAUAGAAGUUGCACCGUGGAUGAGCAGUGCUCCAAAAGCAAUGGCUUUCGAGGAUGCUGAUCCUUCAGGGAACGGAGAGUCCUUCCCUCAACCUCUGGACUGCUCUCAAACUAAAAUCAGUGAUGUUCACAGCCAGAGAGUAAAUGAUGGCAAAUCUCCCCUUGAACUACCUAGCCAGCAGAAGGAUUUCCCAAGAAGCCUGCUGCAAUCCUCUAAGCUGAGGAGAGACACAGAAGUGCUUCCCUCCAUGUGGCUAAUGCCUGACCCUUCCUUACUAGUGGGUGUUAAUCCUUCAGCCCCUGCUCAUCUCCUUGCAAGUGCAGGUGAUAAUUCUCCACAACCCCUGCUAGCAGAUGACUGUGAUGGCACCAAUUCCAGACAACCACUUAUUAAAAGAAAAGGGAUCACCAUUUCUGAGAGCGCUGGUGAGAAACGAAGAAAGAAAAUCCGGGCCAUUUGAUUUAAGGUAUGAAUUAAGUAGUUGGAUGAAGUCUUUCAUUCUAGAAGUCAACCUGCUAGGUUUCUUUUGCAAAAGCAGCUGAACAAGACUUCAGAUUGAUGCUUGUGUGCUACUUCAGUGUAUGGGCACCAGAUUCCUAUGUGCUGUGUUUGGAAACAUCUGUUCAGCUUUGGAAGUAUUACAAGGGUAUGUUGAGGAGGGAAGGAAGAACGACUGAAUUGCAAUUGAUUUUACAUAGCUAUUGCUCUUUGUGUUUUUCAUCUGCUGUCUCUAUUUUCCACACAAAUGGAUUGUGUUCCUAUAAGUGUAACUGUCUGAAAUAUUUUGGUACCAACUGUGACAGCAUUCAUUCUGUAUGACUGGCACAGAAUAACAUACAGAUUUUCCUAAAACUACUAAUAAAAGUGGAAAACCCCUUGCAAGCUACAAGCUUAGUAGUAUUUUACCAUUCCACUAACCUUUGCAUGAUAACUUUUCACAUGCAUCUCUGAUCGCUUCUUGGCCCAAACAAAAAUGAAAUGGGAGCCUUCAGCCACCAUAGAAGCAGCUUAAGAGGAAUGCCUCUUUUUUUCUGCUAGCCUCCCCCACAGGA